AUGGUUGAUAAGGACGAAGUUUCAGCUACCCAGGAUAUAGAAACGCAUCAUGACAGCAAACAAAAGAAGAAACGCACUAAAUUGAUAGAUUUGACACUUAAAGAACUUCCUCAAAAUGCUUCAAGCGAUGUCAAGUUUGAAUAUAUAUGUCAGAAAUACUAUGAACUUUAUCAAAACCAGAAAGAAAACUCUUCAAAAAACAAACAGUUUGAGCAGAGUAUACAACAGGUGCGUGUUGAACGUGAUCAACUCCAGAAUGAACGUAAUCGUCUAAUUCUACAAAAGGAUAAACUUGAAACUUUAUGUCGUGAAUUACAAAAACAAAAUAAAAUCAUUCAGGAAGAGAGCUUGUCACGUGCACGUAUUGAAGAUGAAAAACGUCGGGAAGUUUCGGAUCAUUUUCAAACGAGUAUAACAAGUAUCCAAAAUCAAUUAUGUGAAUAUCAGUCGAAAAAUGUGGAAUUACGCAAAGAGAAUCAAGAAUUAGCUGAUAAAUUGGGUGAAUUUAUUAAACAGCAUGAGAAACGUGAAGAACAUGUAGAUAAGCUCAUUGAAACACGUAGUUUAGAAUUGAAAUUAUCUGAAGCAAAAUUAAACAAAGCACACUGUUUACUGGAUCAGGAAAAAGCGAAAAGUCAACAGAAAAUUCUUGCAUUAGAAGAGGAAGUGAAAUAUUUGAAGAAUCGUUUAGAAAUUCAAAAAACCAUUGAAGACAAACUUAAAGAACAGAUUGUAUUCUAUAAAGAGAAAUAUCAAUCAUUCAAUAAAACAAUGUCAGAUAGUCGGAAAAUGUUUGAUGCUGCUAAAGAGGAAAUGGAGAAGCUUGGUAAACGUAUUCAAUUAAGUGAGAGUGAAGCCGUUGCAUGGCAAGGUAAAUGGGAAGUUAGUCAACGUAGUUUGUUGGAAUUAGCUGAACAGCAUAAAAAAGAAAUGUCAGAAUCAUUGAAUGCCAAGAAACAAGUAGAAAAACUUAGUGGAUUAUGUAGAGCUUUAAAAGAUCAAUUGAAUGAAUUAAGAAAACAACAACAAUACCAGAAAGAAUCACAAAACUUGGAAGAUAAACAAAAUGAACAAGAACUGACCUCUGCUGCGUCUCCCACUACUUGUUGUUGUCGUCAUCAUCCGGGUGAUGAUCAUCAUCUUCAUGAGGCAGAAAAGACAAAGGGAAAAACUGUUGAAAAUUCAAUGGAAGAUUCUAAUUUGAUUCAUCAAAAUAAUCAUGAUAAUACUAAUCUAAAUUGUAGUACAAUAAAUCAAUCAGAUUUUCAUGGUAAUAAUACACAUAAAAUGGAUGGAAAUGUUGAACUAUCUACAGCAACAAUGACGACAGUUGGAAAGAAUAGUUCCACACAGAAUGAAUCCACUUGUUCCUCGAAUUCAUUAAUUCACUGUACAGAUAGUAUGAAUAAAUUAAAAUUAGAUUAUAAUAUUACUGAAGAUGCGACAUCAUCACGGAAUUCUGAAAAUCCAUUCACUGAAUAA